AUGGAGGAGUUUCAGGCUGUCCUCAGCCAGCUGGUCGGGGACAAAAGCCUGGACAAGAUCCGGGUCGAGUACGAGAAGCUCAUCCAGGCCCUGAAGAAGUCACGGGAAAAUGAGCAAAGGCUGAUGUCGAAAUGCAGGGAGCUGAAUGCAGAGAUUUUGUCAACGUCGACCAAAGUGUCAGCUGCUUUAAAACUGUCUCAAGAAGACGAGGCAACAAUAGCGUCACUGAAAAGGGAGCUGGACAAAGCUUGGAAAAUGGUCGAUGCCGCCCAUGAGGUAGAGAAGAAGGACAAAGAGAGUAUCAGGAAUUUAAAAGGAGAAGUUUCCAACCUUACAAAAAUAACCGAACAACAAGCUGGCCUUUCCACAGAGAAGGCACGGAGUGAUCUCCUAAGAAUGACCGAAGAGUUGACGGAUCAGAAGAAUCAGCUGGAGAGAACAGUAGAGGGACUAAGAGAGAAACUAAACAAGUCCAUCACAACACAGCAGGAGAUAGAGGCCCAACGGGAGAGUUCCCUCCAGAGUGUUUCUCAGCUCCAGCAGGAGCUCCAGGUACAGCAGAACGAGAUUUCCAGAGAAAUGAGACUGAAGGAAAAGCUGGACAAGGAGGUCAAGCAGCUGCACGUCGACAUGGACGCCAAGAUGGCUGACAUCAAAGCCCUGAAUGUUCAGGGCCAGAAGGCCAAAGAGGAGCAGCAGAGACUGGAGCAGCAGCUCAAAGAGCUGAAGAUCCUGCACGAGCGCUCCACCAAGGAUCUGGAGCAGAUGCAGUUGAAGAACACCAAACUACAGCAGGACAACGAGCAGCUCUCAUCAACCAAAGACCGCCUGUCUCUGGAAAACCAGCAGAUAACAAAUGAGCUGAAGAUGAGAGAAGAUGAGGUGGGUCACAUGCGCCAGGAGGUUGCCAAACAAACAAAGAUGAGGGAAGCCAUCCAGAAGAGGUUCCACCAGUUGGAGGAGCAGAAAUCUGAUGUAGAAGUUCAAAGGGAGACCCUCAAAGCUCAAAUCACUGGUCUGGAGAAAGAGCUGGAAUCUUCCCAAAAGCAAGUGGAUGUUGACAAAAAAGCCAAAGACGAGCUGAUUCGAGAGCGGGAUAACUUAAAUAAGAACAUGAUAAAAGCUGUGCAAUCCACCGAGAAACAGCAGGACUUCGUGAAGCUCCUGGAGCAGGACAAGAAGGCCUUAGAGCACGAGAUCAGUGGCUACCGGCAGGAGGCCCAAAAGCAGCGUAAGAUCAUCCAGCAGCUGGAAAAGGAGCGGGACCGCUACAUCAACGAGACCAGCAGCCUCAUGCAGAAGGCACAGUACAGUUCAUCCUAUUAUUUAUUAUUAUCUAUUACUUUAUUACUACUUCAGUCUAAGCCGGGGACACUUUCCUUCCUCCUACAGGUGCAGCAAAAAAUGAACGACGUGGAAGUCAGAGAAAUGGAAAUAUUUGACUGGAAGAAGAAAGUGACCGAGGCGGAGUGUAAGGUCAAACAGCAGGAGAACCUGUUAGAGUCUGUGGUGUCUGAGAGAAACCUCUACAGUAAAAACCUCAUCGAGACUCAGGAGGAAAUUGUGGAGAUGAAGCGAAAGAUGAAGACCAUGAACAACCAGGUGACCCGGCUGAGGGAGGAGAUCAGUGGGAAGGAGCAGGCCCUGGCUAAAGAUCAGCAGGACUACAAGCGCCUGGAGAAGGAAAAAGAAGCCUUAAAGGGAGAUCUCCAGUCCAUGAAGCUGCAGCUGGAGGAAACAAAGCAGCGCGUGGAAAGUCAAAAAGCGGAGCAGCUGAAGCUGCAGAAGAUCAUAGCCGACACGGAGGGGGAGCAGAUCCAGCAGAGGAAGCAGCUGGAUCAGGUGAAAAGAGAGAGGGACAGUCUGGGCAAGCAGCUUCUACAUCGCAACGACGAGCGGGCGCUGCUGUACGAGAAGAUCCGGAUCCACCAGUCCAUCCUCAGCAAGGGGGACUUCCACUACAACCAGAGGUUGGAGGACAUCCACCUGCUCAAGCUGGAGAUCAAGAAGCUCCGGCGCAGGAAGAGCAUCCUGGACAAGACUCUGCCCAACACGGAGGAGCUGAGGUAA